AUGAAGUACAAACUCCUAAACACCGAGGUACAUAAGCUGCGAGACGGAUCCCCUGGCCACGACGACGAUGCCAUUCUCGGGAAGCUUCGUUCACUCGAGGUCUUUGACGUCCGACUUGGGGCGGUUCAUGCUUGUCAACGCAUGCGUGAUGAGUUCAAAGAUGGGGUUGACUCUGAUUGGGCUGAUGAGGAGGAUGGCAACUGA